UCAAACUAUGAUAUCAAAUAUUACUGGUUGAAUAUGUGUAACAAAUAAAAAUAAAAAUUUAUUUUUUUAAAAUAAUAUAUAUAUAUAUAUAUUAAUUAUUUUUAAUUUCGAUUGGAUUGUAGAUUAUUUUCAAUUUUUAGUACCAUGUAAACAUACUUUGGGUAAAAUUUAUUUAGCGUGGCCAGUUUAAAACAUCCAAUAGAGUAAACAGGACAGACAAUGGCGUCGAACUACUACUCUGCUCAGAUAAAGCAAUGCCUUGAGUUCGGAACUAGAAACCAAAGCCGCCACUUGAAAACCAUCCACGGACACAUCAUCAAAACUCUUCCCUGUCCAGAAACAAUUCUACACAACAAAAUCAUCCACGCGUAUUCGAAACUCAGAAACUCAACUUAUGCUCGCCGAGUGUUCGACGAAAUUCCCCAACCAAACCUCUACUCCUGGAACAGUCUCCUCAUGGCCUAUUCACAAUCUGGGCACCAUCUCUCGGAGAUGGAACGUACCUUCAAGAGGCUUCCAGAACGUGAUGGUGUCUCCUGGAACUUGCUCAUCUCCGGGUAUUCCUUGAGUGGGCUUGUGGGUGAAGCUGUCAAGGCUUAUAACACCAUGAUGAAAGACGGGUCUGGUGAUUUCUUGACGAGGGUUAGUGUGAUGACGAUGCUGAAGCUUUGUUCCGACAAUGGGCGUGUUGGUUUGGGGAAGCAAGUUCACGUGCAGGUUGUGAAACGUGGGUUUGAGUCUUAUCUUUUAGUUGGGAGCGCGUUGAUGGAUAUGUAUGCUAAAGUUGGUUUCAUCUCUGAUGCAAAGACGGUUUUUUACGGUUUGGAGGAUCGAAACACGGUUAUGUACAAUUCGCUGAUGGGAGGGUUGCUGGCGAGUGGAAUGGUCGAAGAUGCUAAGAAGCUGUUUCGAGGGAUGGAGAAAGAUUCAGUUUCUUGGACAGCUAUGAUCAAAGGGCUUUCUCAAAACGGACUUGAGAAGGAGGCUAUUGAGUUUUUCAGAGAGAUGAAGAUGGAAGGGUUGGCGAUGGAUCAGUUUACGUUUGGGAGUGUGCUACCUGCUUGUGGGGGAUUAGGAGCGAUAGAGGAAGGGAAAAAGAUUCACGCUUGUGUGAUCCGGACCAAUUUUCAGGAUAACAUAUACGUAGGAAGUGCUCUCGUUGACAUGUACUGCAAGUGUAAGUGUAUAGACUACGCAAAGACUGUUUUUGAUGGGAUGAGGCAGAAGAAUGUUGUGUCUUGGACGGCAAUGGUUGUGGGUUAUGGCCAGAGUGGCCGUGCUGAAGAAGCUGUUAAAAUGUUUUUGGAAAUGCAAAGAAGUGGGAUUGAGCCAGAUCAUUAUACUCUGGGACAAGCGAUCAGUGCGUGUGCCAACAUAUCUAGCUUGGAAGAAGGCUCCCAGUUUCAUGGAAAAGCUGUAGUGUCUGGCUUUGUACAUUACGUCAUUGUUUCGAACUCGCUGGUGACUCUGUAUGGAAAAUGUGGGAACAUCGAUGAUUCUACGAAGCUGUUCAACGAGAUGAGUUUCAGGGAUGAAGUCUCUUGGACCGCAAUGGUUUCCGCUUAUGCUCAAUUUGGAAGAGCCAUUGAGGCUAUUGAUUUGUUUGACAGAAUGGUACAGCAUGGACUAAACCCUGAUGGAGUGACAUUGACAGGUGUUAUUUCAGCUUGUAGCAGAGCAGGGCUAGUGGAGAAAGGACAGAGAUAUUUUGAGUUAAUGACAAAUGAAUAUGGAAUAGUACCGAGUAAUGGACAUUAUUCUUGCAUGAUUGACCUCUUCAGCCGAUCUGGAAGGUUAGAGGAAGCCAUGAAUUUCAUAAAUGGGAUGCCUUUUCCUCCAGAUGCGAUUGGUUGGAUCACUUUACUCAGCGCAUGUAGAAACAAAGGUAACUUAGAGAUAGGUAAACGAGCGGCUGAAUCACUCAUAGAACUAGAUCCUCACCAUCCUGCUGGCUAUACCUUAUUAUUAAGCAUAUAUGCUUCAAAGGGGAGAUGGGAUUGUGUGGCGCAGUUGAGGAGGAAGAUGAGAGAGAAGAAUGUGAGAAAAGAACCAGGACAGAGCUGGAUCAAAUGGAAAGGGAAACUGCACAGUUUCUCAGCGGAUGACGAGUCAAGUCCAUACUUAGAUCAGAUAUACGCUAAGCUAGAGGAACUGAACCAAAAAAUCAUAGAAGAUGGUUAUAAGCCUGAUACUAGUUUUGUUCAGCAUGAUGUUGAGGAAGCAGUUAAAAUAAAGAUGCUGAACUAUCACAGUGAAAGACUCGCCAUUGCUUUUGGAUUAAUAUUUGUACCCGCUGGCCUACCUAUCAGAGUAGGGAAAAACCUUAGAGUGUGUGUGGAUUGCCAUAUUGCCACUAAACAUAUCUCCAGAGUCACUGGUAGAGAGAUAAUUGUUAGAGAUGCUGUUAGGUUUCACCGUUUUAAAGAUGGAACUUGCUCAUGUGGAGACUUCUGGUAGGCAUGAUGAUUCCUCACUGGGAAUCUGACAAAAUCAGAACAGAGUAGGGAAGUUUCAGUUGUUCUGCAAGUUCAAAUUCUUGGAAUAGGAGCUGCUCCAUCAGCUACCUGAAAACUUUAACAGAUAGAAGAGGAACAAUAGGAUUCCAAACCUGACCAGUUAACUGCACUGAGCUCCAAUUGUGUGAAUUGGCCAAGAGAUACAACAAGGCGCAUCCCUAUAUAAUUUAACUACAAGAUUUAAAAAGAUGGAGAACAUAGAUGAGCUUUUGGCCACUCGAGGCAUCCAAUGUUGAAGGGAAGAGAUAAAAGACUCUGGCCCAAGAGCUAUGAGGACUCGUAUGCAGGCAAGGGUCGAGGCAGAAACGUGAGGGUCCACAACAGGAAAAAAGAGGUACAUCAUUUGGGGCUCAUACAGUGUAGUUGUGAAUCUCACUAAGAUGCCAACGAGACCUUCCAGAAAAUCAGUUGCGUACCUGCUUGUUCGUGUUCCACUUCUCUGAAUCAGAUGGAUUGCAUGCAGGAUUUCAGACACUAUGCUCUCGUUGACAAGUGC